GAAACGAAAAACGUAUGUUUUGAGGAAUGAAGGCGGCAGCCGUUCAGCUCGAAAACACACCAAAAUAGUGAUCCAAAUAAGCUUUAAUAAAAAAGAUUUAACAGUUCAGGCAGAUAAACAAAACAUGACAAUACAAAAACUUGUUAAACGAAUACUUAACCGUAUGCAUAUCUCCCUUUUUAGACAAGAAUCAUCGUCGUACCCCCACCAUCGUCAGGGUCAAGAUCAGGUAGGCCGCUAGGCUAAGCCACUACUAACGGCUAAACUUUACUUACUACUAAACUCAAAGAAGACUAAGAUUAAGAUGAAGGGCUAAUGCUAAUGCAGAUAAUUGUUGCCAUUAGGGAUACAUUUAGAGGUUAGGUUUGGGGCUUAGGGAUACAUUAGGGUUCAGAUUAGUUUAGGGCACAGUACAUUUAAAUUUAGACUAUGAAUCAUUUAGGGUUCAGGUUAUUUUUAGUGACAGUGAAUUGUAAAAGUUCACAGGUCGUGGCAACCAAGAAGGCGGAUGUGUGAGACGUCAUGCCACCAAUUGUCUGCAUUUACCUGAUGAAGAGUUGAGAUUUCUUAAGGAGUUAAUACUUACGACUUCGAUUAUGGACUAUUAUUGACUAUUAGCAUUGCCCCAAAAAAAUCAACACUGUCAACACACAUAAGAUUAGAAAGAAUCCUGAUUUAUAGUAUUGACAAUUUGUUUCUAAAUUAAUUAUCUUAUUUACUAACCUAAACUUACUUAAUUUAAACUUAUUUAUUAAAAUUAAGUUAAGUCGGAGUGUAAUUUUAAGAAAGGCUAGGUAGGCGUCACACGUAGAGCAAAAGACUUCCUUAGAGUUAGACAUCAUUAGAAGAGUCAAGACUACUAAAAAGCAAAGGACUUUAAAAGAGUUAUAAUUUUCUUUUUUUAAAUCAUUUUGUUUCAAGGCUCUGCAAUAAUAAAUAAUUAUUAAUUAGUUGUAUAGUUAAUAUAGGCCUAGCCCUAUACUAUGAGCCUGACUUCGUGCCCAUGAGCAUGGGUGGCCACCCCAUUCCACUUGAAUUUUUGGUACAGGUGGUUUUUCAGUAGGUUUGCAGUUGCAGGCUGGAACAGUGAAAUAUAUUUUUUUUAAAAUGAUUUUAAAGAAAUGUUUAAUGGAUGUCUCAGAUAAAGGUGAAUACUUUUUUUAUACUGCAUCUAAAGCUGAUGUGUUCCUUUUAUUUUAUUAAAUUUUAAAAAUAGAUACAUAGGAUAGUGGAUCACUUUGCUUCUAUAAAUGAAACUGCAGGUAAAAAAGUUUUGGAACUUGCAGAUAAUCAUUAUGUCAAUUAUUACAACCUUAGGGGGCAUCCUUAAAUGAGGGCACACUAUGUAGGCUGAUUUUUACCCCCUCCCCCAUCCACUAUGUCAUGUGUUUGUUACAAAGGUUAGAAACCCUCAUAAUACAUUGCCACACAUUUUCAACCUCCCCAACCCCAAAUGUGUGAUUUCAUUUAUGGAUGGCCCCUUGUCCUUAAAGGAAUUAUUAUGAAAACAAAACAUGUUUGUUGAUGGCCUUAAAAUGAAGCUUAUUAUUGUUAUAAAUACUAAUAUAAAUAAUAAUGCUGAGUUUAACUUAUAAAUUUAUAGGCCUAAUGGUUUUGUGGAUUUUAGUUUGCUUACAGAUGUUUUGUUUCAAAGUCAAAAUUUCAAGAAAUAACAGAUGAUGUUAAAUUUGAAGAUGAAGAAAAGAUUUUGAAUCGCCUAAAUAAUUUUACUUCAGAACAAUUUAGGUAGGUCAGCUAUUCAUUCAAGUGAUGGUUCUCAACCUUUUUGACUUACUGAGCCCUUAUAAAAUCAAUUUCUGUUGGGGAGCACUUUCACUUACCCUAUGUCUUACAAGUUUAUAGUGUUUAGGAGUUUCCUGAAGUGGCCAUGGAGCACCUUGAAGCUUCAUGUACCACAAAUUGGGAACCACUGCAUUGAAGUGAAAAUCAAACUUAAAUGUAUCAGAAUAACUUAAUUUUUAGUAUUUAUUUUGCAAGUAUGUCUUUAUGAUAAAUUCUUUUGCAUUGUAAAAUUAAUAUUUAUAUACAUUUAUAGUAAUUAUAUUCUGUAAGCAACACACUCUCUUUACUAUAAUAUGCUAAUGUCCUGUGGCAUUAUUAUGUUUAUGGAUUCAUAAGAUUUUUGUUUACGAUCUUUUAUUGUAGAUUUUGAUUAUUUUUCUACUAUAUUCCCACUUUUAAUAUUUUUUAUAAAUAUAUAUUCUAUUUUCAUUAUUUUUAAUUUAAAACUUGUCUUUCCAGACAUCAAAUGCAGGUCACGUUUGCAUUGUCUGAGGAACUUUGCAAACACAGAGAAGCUAAUGGACCAUAUUUAACAUUGCUUGAUCUCAAGAAAGUAAAAAGUGUGGGUCCUCAAAGAUUUAUUGAGUUAUGUAAUAGGCUGAAAUCAGAACCCUUGGAAGCCCCAAGUGGGAAUAGUGCAAAGAAAGAACGAAUUAAGCAAAAGAGUGAAAUACCAGCGGAAAAAUAUUUCACACCUGAACCUGAUUCAGAAUUUUUAAAGGUAUUUGUAAUUCAUUAAGUAGUUCAUGGAAGUCUUUGAAAGUAACAUUAUUAUAUUAAUAAUACAUACAGUUGUAGGAAAACUAGCCAAGACUUCUGGGCAGAAAAGAAAGCACUGUAAUAUACUGAAUUUAAAGUGUCAGAAUUCCUAACAAAAGUUAACUUUAAUUAUCCACGCUGUACAAAAAAGUAUUUAAAAAAUGAAGGAAUUACAAGCCAAAUUUAUCAUUGAGUUAUUUAUUGCCAAACAACAUAUGUCAAUAUUUUAAUUAUUCCUUUUUUUUGACUAGUCAAUUUCAACAGUAACAAGUUUAGCAGUGUGUAUAGAUGGUGUAUAUUAUACACAUAUGUCUAAAGAUCUUAAGGUGCAUGAUUGGAAUCAUAUUGCUUUACCAGGAUCUGAUCACCACAAGCUCCCUGCAUUUCAAAUUUUGCAGCAGGUAAGGAAGAAUUAACCAAACAAAAAUUAAGAAAUUAAAACUUAACAUAACAUAAUAAUUAAUGACACAUAUUCAAAUUAACAUUAUCCAAAGUAACUUUUUACUGUUUUUUAAUAGAAGUGAAAUAAUAAUCUAUAUUUUUAUUAAAAAAAUGAAAGUUUAAAUUAAUGUUAUUGGCUAACAUACAAAUAAUAUUGCAUGAGCUCUAUAUAAUAUAUGCAUUUACUUAAUAUGUAAAAAAGCUAAUGUGUAAUAGCUUUAAUGAGGUUUCAUUUUUUUUCAAAACUAAUCUAUUUUAAGCUGUACAUCUGUCAACUAUUUCCCAUGUGAAUGUUUUUUAUUGACUCUAAUGUUUCACUUUCUUUCUAGGCUCUGUCCAUUGUUGAUAAGCUCCCUAAGUCAAGUAUCUAUUUAAAUGAAAGUUCCUUUCAUAGAAAACCCAACCCCGCCAACAUGCCAUCACUAAUCUUCAUUGCACAGCUUCAAAUGGCACUCCAGGUCCUACUUAACAAAGACCUCAAAGAGACCCAGCAGCAUAAAGUUUUUGCUGUGAAGAAUACCUUCAUCAUUAAAGCCCUCGAUCUUCGUGUCGGCGGAGAGAGAAUCAGUGGUCAACAUAUCAUCAAACUUAUUGAAGACGAACAGUAUCACGAUAAAGUAUCAAUGGACCCUGAACUUUGGCAGCACUAUCACAUGCUUGCUAAUCAAAUCCUCAGGGAAAGAUAUUCUAACUGUUUGCUGAUGGCUUUAGUCUUUUGGCAGAAGUUUGUGAACAAGUCGCUGAGUAAUGAGGGUGGGACUGAUAUGUUAAAUAAUUAGAUAAACAGAAAUAAUUCUGAAAAUAUUUAUGUACAAAUUACAAACUAUUAAGUGUGGCAAUUAGGGUAUCCAUCUAAUGUAACAGUGUGACAUUCUUUAAUUUAUUUACUUUAAAGAAAUAAAAAGGAAUUUUGAUAUUUUAAACUUUUAUUGUCUGCUUUAUUAUUAAACACCACACACU